UCUCCGCGACGCGGCCCGCCUCGGUCACCGCGGCCAGGCCCAGGCUGGUACUGAAUUACCUUCUAUUACCAGCAACGCCGCUUCUCGGGCCUUGGACUACAUUUCCCUUGAGGCUUUACUGGUCGACUCUCUGUCUCCUCCCCUCCCCCCGCGAACCUGGCUGCCUCCUUCUGUGACGAUGGAGUUCUUGAGGACUCUGCACUUGUCCAAGAGAAGAAUCCAGAGAAAUCAGAGCAGGUCAAAUAGUUCUAAAAGCCAUGGCCCAGGGACUGGUGACAUUCAGGGACGUGGCUAUAGAGUUCUCUCUGGAAGAAUGGAAGUGCCUGGAACCUGCUCAGAGGGACUUGUACAGGGAGGUGACUCUGGAGAACUUUGGUCACUUGGCCUCACUAGGACUCUCCAUUUCUAAGCCUGAUGUCGUCUCCUUAUUGGAGCAAGGGAAAGAGCCCUGGAUGAUUGCAAAUGAUGUGACAGGACCAUGGUGCCCAGACUUGGAGUCCAGGUGUGAGAAAUUUUUACAAAAAGAUAUUUUUGAAAUCGGGGCAUUCAACUGGGAGAUAAUGGAAAGCCUUACAUGCUGUGACCUGGAGGGCUCCGAUUUUAGAGCUGACUGGGAAUGCGAAGGCCAGUUUGAGAGACAAGUCAAUGAAGAGUGCUAUUUUAAGCAAGUGAACGUCGCCUAUGGACAUAUGCCCGCAUUCCAGCAUCACAGGUCUCACACUGGGAGCAGGGAGACUGGUGAGAAACUGAUGGAAUGUCGGGAAUGCGGGAAAGCAUUUAGCCGCGGCUCACACCUUAUUCAACAUCAGAAAACUCACACUGGUGAAAAACCCUUCGGGUGUAAGGAAUGUGGGAAGGCCUUCAGCCGUGCCUCACACCUUGUUCAGCAUCAGAGAAUUCACACAGGUGAGAAACCUUAUGACUGUAAGGACUGUGGGAAGGCCUUCGGUCGUACGUCAGAACUUAUUCUGCAUCAGAGACUUCAUACUGGUGUCAAACCUUAUGAAUGCAAAGAAUGUGGGAAGAGCUUUAGGCAGCAUUCCCAGCUGAUUCUGCAUCAAAGAACUCACACAGGGGAAAAACCCUAUGUAUGUAAAGACUGUGGCAAGGCUUUCAUUCGUGGCUCCCAACUCACUGUGCAUCGGAGAAUCCACACGGGCGCCAGACCCUAUGAGUGUAAAGAAUGCGGGAAAGCCUUUAGACAGCAUUCCCAGCUGACCGUCCACCAGCGCAUCCACACUGGUGAGAAACCCUACGAGUGUAAGGAAUGCGGAAAGGGCUUUAUUCACAGCUCAGAAGUUACUCGACAUCAAAGAAUUCAUUCUGGGGAGAAACCCUAUGAGUGUAAGGAAUGUGGGAAGGCCUUUAGACAGCACGCCCAGCUCACACGACAUCAGAGAGUCCACACUGGCGACAGACCCUAUGAAUGUAAGGACUGCGGGAAGGCAUUCAGUCGUAGCUCAUACCUCAUUCAACAUCAAAGAAUUCAUACAGGCGACAAACCCUACGAAUGUAAGGAAUGCGGGAAGGCCUUUAUUCGUGUUUCACAACUGACUCACCAUCAGCGAAUCCACACUUGCGAGAAACCCUAUGAAUGCAGGGAGUGUGGAAUGGCCUUUAUUCGUAGUUCACAACUUACCGAACAUCAGAGAAUUCAUCCCGGUAUCAAACCUUACGAAUGUAGAGAGUGUGGCCAGGCAUUUAUUCUUGGUUCACAACUCAUUGAACACUACAGAAUUCAUACUGGUUAGAAAGCCUCGAGUGUGAGUGAUAAAGAGAAGCUUUUAUGUGGAGUUCACAUCUGGCUCAGUACUAGGUAAUUUUUAAUGUAGUGUAAUUAAUGUCAGAAAACACCUGUCACUUCCAUGAUAGAACAUGAGAAAACUCACACCCAAAGAAAAUUCAAUAAAUGUGGGAAUUCUUUUUGCCUCACUCAGUGUUUCCUAAGCAUCAGAUAAUCUGUGCUAAAAAAAAAAAAAAAAAAAAAAAA